GCCUCCGGUAUUUCAGCAGCCUGUCAUUUUCCUUGGUGCAGACGUCACUCACCCACCAGCUGGAGAUGGGAAGAAGCCAUCUAUUGCUGCUGUUGUAGGCAGCAUGGAUGCCCAUCCGAACCGCUACUGUGCCACUGUGAGGGUCCAGCAGCACCGCCAAGAAAUAAUUCAAGACUUGGCUGCCAUGGUUAGGGAGCUGCUGAUCCAGUUUUACAAAUCAACUCGAUUCAAGCCAACGCGGAUAAUUUUCUAUAGAGACGGUGUUUCCGAGGGGCAGUUUCAACAGGUUCUUCAUCAUGAAUUGCUGGCUAUCCGAGAAGCCUGCAUUAAGCUAGAAAAAGAUUACCAGCCAGGGAUUACCUUCAUUGUGGUGCAGAAGAGGCAUCACACCAGACUAUUUUGCACCGACAAAAAUGAAAGAGUAUGCAAUAUAGUUGCAGGACAGAGAUGUAUUAAGAAGCUGACAGACAAUCAAACUUCUACUAUGAUUAGAGCCACGGCAAGAUCAGCCCCAGAUCGUCAGGAAGAGAUCAGCAAAUUGAUGCGAAGUGCAAGUUUUAAUACCGACCCUUUCGUUCGGGAGUUUGGAAUCAUGGUGAAAGAUGAAAUGACGGAUGUCACGGGGAGAGUGUUACAGCCGCCUUCGAUUCUCUACGGAGGCCGGUCCAUUUCCCAGGGCACAAGCAGACCGUCUCAUUACCAUGUUCUCUGGGAUGACAAUCGCUUCUCUUCAGACGAACUCCAGAUCCUCACUUACCAACUGUGUCAUACUUACGUCCGGUGUACUCGAUCUGUUUCCAUCCCUGCGCCAGCCUACUAUGCACACCUGGUGGCCUUCAGAGCCAGGUAUCAUUUGGUGGAUAAAGAGCAUGACAGCGCCGAAGGGAGCCACACUUCCGGGCAGAGCAACGGCCGCGAUCACCAAGCUCUCGCGAAGGCUGUCCAGGUCCACCAAGAUACUUUGCGCACCAUGUACUUUGCUUGACAUCUGGCCGUGUUGAGGAACUCAGUUCUUCUGAGUUGGAUUCACAAGAGACCAGCUGCACUUAGACCAACAGUUGCCCGAGCUACCGCGAACAGCCAGCAAAGGAGUGAUGCAUCUUUAUUUUUAAAUAUUCGGGGGUGGGGGAGGGAGGAGGGGGAUGGUGAUGAUGAUGAUGAUUGUGAUUCUAUUUGCAAGAAAGCUUUUCAUCCAGAAUUUCAGACUUGAGUGUACAAAAUAUAUAUAUAUAUAUAUUGCACAGCUUUUAAGACAUGUGGAUAUGCCAAAAUCAAAAAAAAAAAAAGCUGCUUGUCGGGAGAAAUGAAACAAACAAACAAGCAAAAUUGAAAACCCACGUUUUCUAAUUAACUAGAGCUGUGAUCUCAGGGCUAAAAACAACACUUCUCAUUUUAGUUAACGGCUUUUUCAGAUGCUCUUAUUUGUAAUAAUCUGAAGAAAUACCCAAUUAAGAUCCGAUUGAACGGGCCUGGGAGGGAGAUGAAUUUGCUUUUAUUCCUUAAAAACAAACAAAGACAAAAACAAAAAGCACUCGUUAGGAUGCCAGUGAAGUCUUUGAUCAUUCUGGAUGCAUUUGUAAAGUGAUUUUGUACCGAGAUGCAGAAAGAGUGAGCGAAACCUUUGCUGUCUUAUUGAUAUAAGUCUGUGAAGGUCUAUGGGCAAAAAAUAUAUAUGUAUUUUUGACGUUAAUUCUUGAAUGUCUUUCAUUGUGCUGUUUAAAAUUUUUUGUAGGAUGAGUUACGGAAUUAUUUCAGUUACAAAAAAAAAAGAAGAAGUUUUAUCUAUACUUUUUAUUAGGUCCACUGAAAGAUUAAUGAAGUGUGCCACUUUUUUUAAAAAAAAAGUUUAUUUUUUCUUAAAAAAAUAAUAAUAAUCCAUUUUGAUUACUAAUCAUGGAGUUUGUCCUCUAGGACUGUGACACUUAAUUUUCCAAAGCUUUUCUAAAGAAUACGGGUCUGUGGUGAUACAGUACAAUCUCUUUCACUGUUAUGUUUGAAUUAAUGUAAAAUUUAUAUGUGUUUCACAGUAUUAACAUGAUAGUAUAGAUGCUAUUUAUAUUUAUUUACUAAAGAGUGCUCGACGUAGUUCUUUUUAACAUAUCACAAACUGAAGAAUGCUUUGGAGUUUUAAAGUGGAGAGCUUUUACGUGGACGAGAGGGAUUUGGGUUGGAAUUCGCCGUAACUUUUUUGCCGGUUCCCUUGUUCAUUUUAACGAGGUUUGUUUAUUAUAUCUCCUUGAAGUGAACAAAGGGGAACUGGAGCUGAUGUGUUUAAAAAAAAACAACCCAACAGGAUUAUGCAACUACCUUGUGUGGAAGAGGAAAGAUAUACUUGGUGUUUAUAUCAUUUCCCACCCCUUGUAUCUUGGAAGGAUUUAGGGGAAUUCAGGCUGUAGUUUAGACAUCAAAAGGAAGUUUUGUGGUUCUUUCAAGCACAUAAAUUAUUGUUGUUGUUUUUCUGUUGGAUCACCUGAGUCACAGAAAUGGAAGGGAGGAGAUCUGUGUUUGGCUGUUCACUCUGAAGAAGACAACUUCUCCAGAGGCCUGUGCUAGAAGUACAAGUUUCUCUUAACUGCACAAGAUUGAUCAGACCAAAUAUUCAAAGCUACCGUUGCACUGAUGACCAUGACAAUAGGAACACUACUAAAACACUGGGGGUUAGGAAGCUUUCCCCACCCCCCUCCUUCCAAUCUGAUGGGACUUUAAAAAAAAAUCUUAAUUUUCCCAGGCAUAAUUUUUUUUAAAAAAAUGUUUUUCCCCCUUGAAACUUUUCCAAGAUUCAGUUUUCAUUUCCUUCUGACGAGCAGUGCAGCCUGUCAGGUUUCCAAGUGAGGAAACCCACUCAAAGAAACCCAUUCUGUCACUUAGAAAGAUAAAGAGGGCCCCUACCUCCACUGAGUGGAACGUCGAAACUACGAUUAAGCUAAGGUUGGGAUCUUAGGCUUUGCUCGGAAACGAUGGAUGUGGGCUGAGCGAGAUAAAAGCCACGGAAAUACUUUUUAAGGCCCUAGUGCACAUUUUAUGCCAGUUCACGAUGGCAGCUCUGGACAGCUGGGCCCCUCCCAUCGCCAACAGAGGCACCUGAAAAACGGGUUUUUGGGUGGCCUGCAGGAUGUCUUAAAAAGUUUGUAAGCUGCAACUUCCAGCUGUUUAAUAGGUUUAAGAGAAGAAAAAGGCAUUUAAGGCACUAUUUUUUCGGGGGGGGGAGGGGUCACUCUUUUCUGCUAAGCAAGAUUGUAGCAUCUCCUUUUUUUUAAAUGAUUUUUUCAAUUUUAUUUUCAAAGUUAAAAUGUCGACUCCGAGGGGGGGGAAAAAGGAAACAACAAACAAAGCGAAAAUCUCUUUCACCUUUCCUCUUCCUCCUCCUUUUCCUCCUCUUUUUCAUGGGAGGGGCAUUUUUCUCUGCAGCUUUUUCAGACGCCAUAAAACCUGCUGUGCGGAAUUCAGGAUUGAAGUAUAAAACAAAUGUCAAAUUAGGAGAUGAGAAAGGGAGAGAAACCAUUUUCAAGUCCAUUGUACCCCGUUUUCAAAUUUAAACAAAACAUCACUCAAAACUGUAAGUGUUUUCAUACACAUUUCUCCUUUUUGUUGUGCAUUUUUCCUUACGUGCACACUUCCACAAUGAUAGUAGAUUCCCUACUAUCAGAUAUAUUUGACAUUAUCUCUCUGAUUUCCCACACCUUUUUCUUUUUUUGGGAAACUUCCUAUAAAAUUGGGAAAGAGCAUCUAUUAAAGGAUAAUAACAAAUAUAGUUCAUGGGUAAUUACGGGGAGUAAGAAUUAGGAGCGUUUGAACCAAAAUGUUUACUGUAAAACUUCUCUCCCUUUUUAAUUCAAACAGCUACAGCAGAUUUAUGGGUUAUGAGCUACAGAGAGUCCCUCCUACAUAGGAAGAAGGCAGUAUACAUAAACUAGGAUUUCAUUCCUGCUACUAAAGUUCUGUUUUCCAUCGCUUUCUUUUCCAGGCAGCACUUAAAUUAAUAGUUAUGUUUAUACUUUUUACUAUUUUUUGUUUCCCCAUAAUCUUCAAAAUGCAUCAGCCAGAUGGGCUAAAAUGGAAUCCUUUUUUUUUGGGGGGGGGGUGUCUUUCUAACUACAGCCACCUAAUCUGACAGUUGUCCUGUAGUGGCUGCUAGUUAGCAACAGGCUAAAAUAAUAAUUGGAUUUAGGUGCUUCUGGACAGUGCUUUUCUUGUCUUGGUGGCUUUACCGCCAAGUUCUGAUACAGAUUCUUCAGUGUGCAGAUAGUUCUAUCCACAGCUGUUGUUUAUAUAUGCAUCAUUCAGGGCCAGAAGGAAUAGGAUGAGUUUUUGAAAGCGUCGGAUUAGUUUUUGCUCCGA